AUGUGCCUUCUCGCCGCCCUGCUGAUGCUUCUUCCUGCUCCUGCAGAAGUUCAGCUGAGAACGACACCCUACAGACAUUUCUAUCACGAGAAGAAUAUCAUAAGGGGGAACUGGUAUAGUACAAGGGCUUACUGCAAGAAGAAUCAUGGCGACAUGAUCACCAUCAGAGAUGAAGUGGAGAACAGACAAUAUUACGAAGUCGAAGGCUGGAUUGGUUUGUAUCGAAAGAAUUCAACCUCUGAGUGGAAAUGGUCCAGAAGAGACGAGAUCGCAAAGUUCCUUCUCUGGGAGGAUGGUAAGAGGAUCCCAUACAUGAUCCAUGGAAAAAUAUCAAGACUAUCAACUGAUUUAUUGACAAAGCAGUCCUGUAAUAACAAACUCAGAUUUUUAUCUUUAGACACAGAAAGAAGUCUUCUGAUCCAUCUUUCUUACAAAAAAACUCUAUAACAUACGAUCAAUCUGUCUCCGCUUCCUCUUGAGUAGUUUCCUUUACUCACUUUUCUGGAAUGUUGAAGCAACAUUGCACUUUGCAUUUGCGCUCCUUGUACACUUUCAGGAAAAAAAAAGUCUUCCGUAUGUUUCAGGACAGAACCAAACCAUGUUGAAAAAACAAAACUGGAGAGGGACAUGUGCACAAAAGUUUGAUUAGAAGGUACUUUUUGAAAGGGACAGACUUAUCUAAACUUUUCCCUCCUAGGUUGUUCCCUCAACCUCAGCAUCUCUUUUGUUUCAGACAAUCGUGAUAUUGAGGAGAUGAUUACUUGAUUGAGUGAUUGAUUUAUUAUUUUGAUUGAAAGGUGAUCCAAAUGAUUGGGAGAACUGUGCCUACAAAAAGACAAGAGAAAAUGGAUGGCACAGCCUCAACUGUUAUCAUUGGCACCCUUACAUAUGCAAUGACGAAUUGCUGUUUCUGGUGAAGGAGGAGAAGACUUGGGAGGAGGCGUUGGUGCACUGCAGGACUCUCGAGGCCAAAGACCCCAGUAAGCCAGUCUCAGCCUACGAGAACUAUAAGUACGACUUGGCCACCUUGCUCACAGACGAUGACCAUGAGUUUGCGCGAGAGAAGGCACAAAGUGCUACCACUGAUGAGGUAGGCAAUUUUAGUUCAGACUGUUUGUGCAGUAAAGGAAAAGGAACUACUCUCUGUUAACUUUUCUCUGUCCGCAGCUUUGGACGGGUCUGCGCUACCUGGCUGGUUAUUGGCUGUGGGUUGGAGGAGAGGAUAUGAACUACAAAGACAUUAAAGGAUGCCUGAGUGAGGGUUUCUGUGGCACACUGCCUAUAGCAAGCAAUAAAACCUAUGAGAUAAGGUCCUGUGAGGAGAGAAGAAACUUCUUCUGUUACAAGAAGCCUGAAACAAAUCUUUAUUUUGAAGCCUCUGCUUAA